UAUAAAUUCUGAAUUCUUGUGGCUGUGACCGCCAUGCAUGAGCUCCCCAGUGAUGAUGGACAGUCAUGUCUUUGGUAAUAUUUUCAAGACAGGAGAGCAUCAAAGGUGGACUUUGGGCAUUCACCAGAACUGGCAUUUGAACACCCACACCUUUUUCCCCCAGCAAAGGUGAAUCCACCUAACAGGAGACUCUGGUGACCACAGGGCCUCGCUCCCCAGCUCUAGGGAAAACCUGGUCCGCACAUCCUACAGCUCCGCUAGGCGGAGGCCUAGCGGUUUCAUCAUUAACGUUGCACAAGGACAAUAGCUCAUCAAACCUACCGAAAGCCCCCGGACCCGUCGCCGAGCCAGGGCUGGCGGGGGAUGAGGCUGAGCGACUCCUCCUAGAGGUGGUUAUGUGGAGAAGGAGCAAUCCCUUCUCCCUCCUCCUCCUCCCCCCGCUACUAUCCGCGGCCCAGAGAACUGCCGCUUGCCGCCAUUGACACGCACAGAUAAAACCCAAAGAAAGGCAAAGAGUCCUGCCCGGCACCGGCUCGGCGCGGGCUGAACCUGCGGCCGGGGAUUGGGGCGCACAGGCCACCGGGCGCCCGGAGCCCGCGGCGCAGCACCAGUACUGUGUAAGUGCCGGGAGGCCACUGUGUCAGCAAGCUGAGAGGGAUACUGAGGCAAGAUGUCGGGCCGGAGCGGAAAGAAGAAAAUGUCCAAGCUGUCCCGGUCAGCCAGGGCCGGUGUCAUCUUUCCAGUGGGGCGACUGAUGCGUUACCUGAAGAAGGGGACAUUCAAGUACCGGAUCAGCGUGGGCGCACCUGUCUACAUGGCUGCAGUCAUUGAGUACCUAGCAGCGGAAAUCCUGGAAUUGGCCGGGAAUGCCGCAAGAGACAACAAGAAGGCCCGGAUAGCCCCCAGACAUAUUCUUCUGGCCGUUGCCAAUGACGAGGAGCUCAACCAGCUGCUGAAAGGAGUGACCAUCGCCAGUGGAGGUGUCCUGCCCAGAAUUCACCCCGAAUUGCUGGCCAAAAAGAGAGGGACCAAAGGCAAGUCAGAGACCAUCCUUUCCCCACCCCCAGAGAAGAGAGGAAGGAAGGCAGCAUCUGGCAAGAAGGGAGGGAAGAAAUCCAAGGCUGCCAAGCCACGGACAUCCAAGAAGUCCAAACCAAAGGACAGCGAUAAAGAAGGAACAUCAAAUUCCACCUCUGAAGAUGGGCCAGGGGACGGGUUCACCAUCCUGUCUUCGAAGAGCCUCAUGCUAGGGCAGAAGCUAUCACUGACCCAGAGUGACAUCAGCCAUAUUGGCUCCAUGAGAGUGGAGGGCAUUGUCCACCCAACCACAGCCGAAAUUGACCUCAAAGAAGAUAUAGGCAAAGCCUUGGAAAAGGCUGGGGGCAAAGAGUUCUUGGAAACUGUAAAGGAGCUUCGAAAAUCCCAAGGCCCAUUGGAAGUUGCUGAAGCUGCCGUCAGCCAAUCCAGUGGACUUGCAGCCAAAUUUGUCAUCCACUGUCACAUCCCCCAGUGGGGCUCCGACAAAUGUGAGGAACAGCUGGAAGAGACCAUCAAAAACUGCCUCUCAGCGGCUGAAGACAAGAAGCUUAAAUCGGUUGCCUUCCCACCCUUUCCCAGUGGCAGAAACUGCUUUCCCAAACAGACGGCCGCCCAGGUGACCCUCAAGGCCAUCUCUGCCCACUUCGAUGACUCAAGCGCGUCCUCGCUGAAGAACGUGUACUUUCUGCUCUUUGACAGUGAGAGUAUCGGCAUCUAUGUGCAGGAGAUGGCCAAACUGGACAUCAAGUAGUUACAGCGGGGAUGGAGGACCAGCGAUAUCAUAAGAGUGGGGUUUUAUUUUUUAAAAGGAGCGAGGAAAGGUGACAUGCAAGGGAACAGAGGGUGGCUGAGAGGGACAUGGGAGCAGAGGCAGCGGGCACAGGUCCCAUCCACCAGGGGAAGGGGCCCCCUGCAUUUUAUAGUCUCCUGCAAAGGGCCUCUUCUGUAAUUAACCAGGGCUCCACCAGGGAUUUCUGCUCAUAUGUUUUCUUCCUGUUGUUUUAGAACUUUUUAAAAAAAAAUAAAAUAAAAACAGACCUCGUUUAGAUUUAUAGCAUUGACUUUUAUACACCCUCACCAAAAAAAAAAAAAAAAAAAAAUCACUUCAAAGUUCUUAAAUCUUUGGUUCCUCCCUUUUUCCAAGUGAAGAGGGAGUGAACCACUUGGGAGUACUGGCUUUCUUCCUCAGUGGAGAGAAGACAGGAAACACAUCCCUGGGUGCUUUUCUCAUCUGUUUUAGAGUCCCCUCCUCUGACCCCCCCCCCAAAUAUCUGUAACUCCACCUAAAAAGUUUUUGCUUUGGGAUUUCUGUUUGUUUCAUUUUGUUUUUUUAAAGAAAAAGAAAAUGAAAGGAAAAAAAAAUAAAAGAUCCAGUGUCUUUCUUA